GUAAAUGAGUGAGAGUGCGACUUUCUGCUUCGUAUUUUUUUGUUGGUUGCUUUCUCUGUGCCCCAGAAUCAUCUCUAGUCCGAUCAGGUUUGGGCUUUUGAUUGAGAAGUCUGAAGGAUCGAUAACGAACUUUCGCAACCCGGGGCCACUCGAUAUCGACUAGCCCGGAUCGCCAUACUGCCGUCCCAUCGAAGACAGUCACUCCGGCCUUGAUAUGUCUAUGGACCUAA